CUAGUGCAGAGGACGAUGAAGAACCCAAAGCACAAAUAAAAACAGAGGACCUGAAAAGGGUUCUGUGCUUACAGGUGCUCUGCAACACCACAUUGUUAAAGGCAGAGAAAUUAGAAUCAUUUGAAGGCUUUUUCGUGCAAUUUUAUUUACUGGCAUAUUCAGCAACAAAACAGAAGAACAGGAGUUUUGGAACACUUUUUGGUUUUCCGAUAAAAAUGACGAUGAAGCCAUCAAACAACAUCUGGAUUCGGCGCCAACAGUGCCCAUGUGGAGAUUGGAAGUGUUACAUCAAGUAUGAAGGAGAUGAUCAGGCUUCAGUAAGCUCUCAGCUACUGAAGAAUGAAACAAUGUCAUCACCAUCAUCGGCAGAAGCAGUCUUUACUCCUUAUGUGGGUCAAAUUUUCAGAACUGAUGAUGAUGCCUUUGAAUACUAUAGCAAUUUUGCCCGGAAGAAUGGGUUUUCAAUUCGAAAAGCACGUUCCACUGAAAGCCAAAAUUUAGGUAUAUAUAGACGAGAUUUUGUUUGUUAUCGAUCAGGGUUUAAUCAACCCAGAAAAAAAGCCAAUGUGGAGCAUCCAAGGGAGCGUAAAUCAGUACGAUGUGGAUGCGAUGCAAAAUUAUAUUUGACAAAGGAAAUUGUUGAUGGUGUUACUCAAUGGUAUGUUUCACAAUUUAGUAAUGUUCAUAACCAUGAAUUAUUGGAAGAUGACCAAGUUCGCCUACUUCCUGCUUAUCGGAAAAUACAGGAGGUUGAUCAAGAACGCAUUCUUUUACUCUCCAAAGCUGGGUUUCCUGUGAACCGGAUAGUGAAAGUGUUGGAGUUAGAAAAGGGAGUUCAACCUGGGCAGCUGCCCUUCAUAGAGAAGGAUGUUAGAAAUUUUGUUCGGACAUGUAAAAAGACCGUACAAGAAAAUGAUGCUUUGCUCACUGAGAAAAGGGAGAAUGAUACACUGGAACUUGUCGAUGCCUGCAAGGCUAUGGUGGAUAGGGAUCCGGGUUUUGUUUUUGAUUAUACCACAGAUGAAAAUGGUAAGGUUGAAAAUAUUGCAUGGUCAUCUGGUGACUCUGUUCGUGCAUAUGCAGUAUUUGGUGACGUAGUUACUUUUGACACCACAUAUCGUUCUAUCACCUAUGGAUUGCUCCUUGGAGUAUGGUUUGGUAUAGAUAAUCACGGCAAGGCAAUUUUCUUUGGGUGUGUCUUGCUACAAGAAGAAAAUUCUCAUUCAUUUGCAUGGGCUUUACAGACUUUUGUUCGAUUUAUGAGAGGAAGACGGCCACAGACAAUUCUAACUGAUAUAGAUUCGGGCCUCAGAGAUGCUAUAGCAAGGGAGUUACCCAAUACUAAACAUGUGAUAUGUAUAUGGCAUAUUCUAUCCAAAUUAUCUAGUUGGUUCUCUUUGCCUCUUGGAUCGCAGUAUGCAGAUUUUAAACCUGACUUUGAUAUGUUGUGUCAUCUGGAGAGUGUAGAAGAUUUUGAACAUCAAUGGAAUCUUUUGGUUGCUCGGUUUGGACUUGUUUCAGAUAAGCAUGUAUCAUUACUGUUUUCAUGUAGAGCAUCCUGGCCACUUUCGUACACUAAAAGUCACUUCGUGGCUCGUAUGUUGACAGCUGAGUUUUCACAAUCUUUGGACUCGUUCUUGAAAAGAAUCUUGAGCGCACAGACGUGUUUGCAAGUAUUUUUUGAUCAGAUUGGAAUUGCUGCUAACAUUCAAAAUCAAACCAGAGAAGGAAUGCAGUAUAUGCAUAUCAAGACAUGCAUGCCUAUUGAAGAACAUGCACGAAGUAUUCUUACACCUUAUGCUUUCAAUGUGUUACAACAUGAAAUUGUGCUGUCCAUGCAAUAUGCAAUAACAGAAAUGGCAAAUGGAUCCUAUAUUGUGCGACACUACAAGAAAAUGGAUGGGGAAUGUUUGGUGAUUUGGAUACCAGAUGAUGAGCAAAUCCACUGUUCCUGUAAGGAAUUUGAACAUUCGGGAAUAUUAUGCAGGCACUCUCUUCGAGUGCUUAUAGUGAAGAACUACUUUGAGCUCCCAGAAAGGUAUUUUCUGCAUCGUUGGCGGUUAGAGAGUUCUUUACUUCCCAUGGAUGAUCAACAUGUUCAAAUCAGCAGCGAUGAGUGCACUGAAGCAUUUCAUUCUCUUGCUGCAACUUUAUUGACGGAGUCCUUGAUCUCCAAGGAACGGUUUAAUUAUGUUCACAGAGAAAUUACAGGGCUUCUCGAGCAUGUUAGAAAUAUGCCAGUCAUUGAUGAAUUUGCUAUGAAUAUGGCAGCUAACAAUGUCAGCGAAUCUUAGGUUUGUUGACUGAGCAGAGUUCUUCAUUUGGGACCCCAUUUCUUCAGAGAUUUAGCGAUUUCUGGAAGAUGAAAGGAGGUCAUGUGGAAUGCACCAAGAAGUAACUACCGACAUUUAUAAGCUCGUUCCUGUCCAUAGUUUCAAACAAACAGGGGAGUACCCAUUUUUUGACAAGUCUCCACUAGUUUCAUUUUUUCCUUCACUGUUUUUUCCUUUGAAUAUUAAUUCAAUGUUGCAAAUAUUUGGGAGGAUUGGUCAGUUAGUGUAAAUGUAAAAUGCCUCUUUUUAAUAGCUUAAAAAAGAAAAGGAAAGAAAAAGAGUGAACUCAGAAGGUGGUGUUUCUUCUUCCUUGAAAUUUUACCCAAUUUGAGAGUUGUAUUCUAGUCACAAUUCUUUCAUGUUGAUCAAGAUUUAAUGCAGUCCUAUCUUUUUCCUUGAUUGUAUAA